UUAUGUCUAUUUGUCCCUCUAGGUUUCCACGAUGGACAAGAAGCAGAGAAAUCCAUCUCUUCUGACGCUGUACUCCGUCCUGAAGGACUUCAGGGCGGAAUAUACGGAUUUUGAGGCCCUCGCUUCUUAUUAUGAACAUCACUAUCGGGUCGAAUUCGGCGAGAACAUCAUCCUAAAGCACUUCCUUCUAACAUGCGAUGUGGACCCGAGGAUGAGGGCCAAAGAGAACGUUAUGCAUUACUGGAAAAUGCUCCACUCGCUGGAAGUGAUCAAGAGGGAAUAUGCCGCCCUCAGGAAAUCUGCCAAGCUGCCUCCUGAUCAUCCAACUCGAGUGCGAAACCGGAGGAAGCAGCUUGAGUAUUUGCGGCUGGAGAAUACUAUCAACCAACAUCUGACCCACCUUCACCAUGAGUUCUUGAGGGAGCUGAAGCUAAAGAAAGCUGCUCGUAAGAAACAAGUACACAGUCCUGCAGCUGAAGAAAAGGAGGAUGGAGCCCCUGCAGCAGAAGAUGAGGAAGCCCUUGAUACAGAAGACAGGGAAGAGGAAGCGGAAGGAGCUCCAGCUGAAGACCCUGCAGUGGAGGAGAAGAUGAUGGAGGAGCAAGCUCCAAGCAGAGGAAAGAAAAGGAAGAAGAAAAAGCAAGUCCCUGAAGAGGAGGAGAAAGAAGAGGGAGCGGAAGUAGGAGGUUCUGCAGAAGAACAUCAAGCUCCUGGAAUGGAGGAGAAGACAGAGGAGCAAUCUCCUGCAGUGGAGGAGAAAGAGGAGGGAGCUGAUGGUGAAGAAGGGAUCAUGAAAGAUUCUCUGGUGGUGGAGAGGCCGACCCUCCGAAAACAGUUCAGGAAGGCCAUCAUGAAGAGGCUCCGGAGAGUUUGGCAUUCCACCCAAAGACUCGCCGCCUGCUGCUGCUGCUGCUGCGCCGACCCAACACCAUGGCCUAAAUCCAAAGAAAUCCUAAAUGAUCCAGGGUGUAAAACCGACUGCCGUUUCUAGGAGUCAGGAAGGAAUUUUUACCUAUAGUGCAGAUUGGUUCCCAUAGUACUCUAGGGUUUUUUCGCCUUCCUCUGGAUCAUUGGUCGUUAGGGAUGCCCAAAUAUAAAUUAGCUGUCAAUUUUAAUAAAUCC